CGUUUUGACCAAUAAGAAGUAAGUGAACCAUCUUCAAAUGUCUGGGUUCAUAUCACUGGGUUUAUAUGGUGUUUAAAAAAGCGACGGGAUGGUUUUGUUGAGAUCCAGGGAAGUAAUGAGUGGAUUUGACUCCUCAGAUGAUGAAGAAAAUGAAGAAUUGGACUUGUCACCCUUCAUUGUUAACUGGUUAGAUAUGUCAUGUGUUGGCUGCGCUGAGCAGCUGGGUAUAAGUGGUUUGCCAGGAUGUAGAUUCAAAGACACCUGGAGGAGCCUAGAGACUGAUAUAGUUACUCUGAAAGGCAUGGAGAUCACGGAAGUAUUUGUGCUGUGUACAAAAGGAGAACUGAACAAAUACAGGGUGCCCUAUUUGCUCCACGAGUACACUGGUGCAGAUUUCAAUGUUCACCACCAUCCGUUCCCUGAUGGGCAGGCACCGUCAGUUGCCGGAAUGGUGAAAAUGCUAGAGGAAUUGAAAGUUAAUUUAAUGCAGGGAAGAAAGACUCUUCUACAUUGUUUUGGUGGACUUGGCAGAUCCUGCGUGGUAGCAGCUUGUUUGUUAAUGUACAUGGAUGAAAGUUUAGACUCAGAAUCAGCAAUUCAGAGGUUGCGGCAGUUAAGAGGCCCAGGGGCAGUGCAGUCAGUGAAGCAAUACAAUUUUAUCCAUGAUUUUAGAAAAAAUUUGGAAGAGUACGAACAAGGAAAAGAAGAGGCAUCAAGAUCUGUAUCCCGAUGAGCAGCAGUGAUGUGUAGGCAAAAAUGUCACGUAAUUUGAAGUUCAAUGCUCACUGAAUUCACAUGCACAUUCUGUUCUACAAGGAAGAGACUGAUGGAUGGAAUAUUUGAUAGAAUUACACAUCCCGUUGACUUGGAUGCAUGAUCAGAUGACAGUUACUUAACCUUUUUUUUUUUGUUAAAAAGGUUGAUGCAUUUCUGUACUAGUGCAAUUGCUUUUAUCUCUGCUUCACAUGAUGAUGAAAUGAUUUUCACACUUUAUUCAGAAAAAUUCAGUGAUACACGUUCAUGAAAAAAUACUCUUUGUGAUUGAUCAUUAGAAAAUAAGGAGUUAUAAGAAGAUUUUAAAUAAGUACAACUGGAAAAAGUCAUGAUUGUAAUUUGCAUGUUUUUUUGCUGGUACUUUUUUGUAAGUGCUUGCUUCUGAGAAUAUUUUCUUUAGAUGAGGAAGGUGAUUUUGUAAAUAAGCUGCUAUUUGUAUGUAUUAGACAUGGCAGGAUAAAUAUAUUUAUUUUUAUUUCUAGUAAAAUAAUAUUUUGUAUUUAUUUAUAAGCAUCAUUUACCAAAACACUACUACAAUACAUAUUCUCUGACUAAAACAUUACAAGGUUUCAUGUGGUUUUAAAUAGGGAAUAAUAAUAAAAAAGAAAUUCAGAAGUUGGUGGUUUAUAUUUUCAUUUGUAUUUUGUUUUAGAGAUGGGAAAGGAUUAAACUUGUAGAUUUUGAAUAGGAUGUGGAUUUGGUAUCUAAAUUGUAUUGAGAGGAAAUCGCACUCAGUUUUACAAUAAACCCUUUCUUGUUAAAACUAGUUCUUCAAGUUAUUGGAUCACAACGUCUUGCUUAAUAAACAAGAAAUAGGUAUAAACACAAAAGCAAAGAAAUCGGUUAAAAUCUGUUCUUUUAUUGAUGAAUAUUUAUAGGUUUUCAGGUAGGAAUCUGCAAUGGUAUCAAUCACUUCUGGGGUAAUUUUCUUACA